GCCACAAGCUCGCUGAGAGGGAGGAGAAAGCUGUGAGUUCCGGAGCCCUGCCUAGCCCGGCCCAACCUUUGCUGGAGAUCAUGGCUGCCGAGGAUGUGGUGGCGACGGGCGCCGACCCGAGCGAGCUGGAAAGCGGCGGGCUGCUGCACGAGAUUUUCACGUCGCCGCUCAACCUGCUGCUGCUUGGCCUCUGCAUCUUCCUGCUUUACAAGAUCGUGCGCGGGGAUCAGCCGGGGGCCGGCAGCGACAGCGACGACGAUGAGCCGCCUCCGCUGCCCCGCCUCAAGCGGCGCGACUUCACUCCUGCCGAGCUGCGGCGUUUCGAUGGUGUCCAGGACCCACGCAUACUCAUGGCCAUCAACGGCAAGGUGUUCGACGUGACCAAAGGCCGCAAGUUCUACGGGCCCGAGGGACCAUAUGGGGUCUUUGCCGGGAGAGACGCAUCCAGGGGCCUUGCCACAUUUUGCCUGGAUAAAGAAGCACUGAAGGAUGAGUAUGAUGACCUUUCUGACCUCACUCCUGCCCAGCAGGAGACCCUGAAUGACUGGGACUCUCAGUUCACUUUCAAGUAUCACCAUGUGGGCAAACUGCUGAAGGAAGGGGAGGAACCCACUGUGUACUCAGAUGAGGAAGAACCAAAAGAUGAGACUGCUCGGAAAAAUGAUUAAAGCAUUCAGUGGGAGCAUAUCUAUUUUUGUAUUUUGUAGAAUCAUUUGUAACAUUCCAGUCUGUCUUUAAAAAUGGUGAUUUGAAUACUUAGAAAAGUUUUGAACUUGCUAUAAUUUUUAAAUUAACAUCACUAGUGACACCGAUAAAAUUAACUUCUUAGAAUGCAUGAUGUUUGUGUGUCACAAAUCCAGAAAGUGAACUUCAGUGCUGUAAUGCAAAUAUUAAUACUGUUUUUAUUCUGUCUGUAGUUAGAACAAGCUGAAUUUAAAUUUGUUUUGCCUGUGAGACAGAUAAGACUCGGGUAUUUCCCCAAACUAGUAAAAAUGUUAAAUGUGCACCAAGAGCAAAGAGUCAACAUUUAGUCAUGUGUUCUCUGAAACCAACAACUCCCUUUUACUCCGUUGACUUAACUGCAUGAUUUCUGUUUUAUCUACCUCUAAAGCAAAUCUGCAGUGUUCCAAAGGCUUUGCUAUCCAUUAAAGAGAGCCACCCAGGAACAAAAUGAAAGCUCAAAGCUGGGCUCAGUUGUGGAAAACAUAUUUACUAGUUUCUGGACUGUUUUGUUGUCCUUGUUUUCAUGGGGACACACAAACACCCUCACAGACACAGUAAAGUUAAAAAACAGGAUCUGAACAUUCAAAAUACAGCUUUGGAAGAAAAACCUAAAUCCAUGAUGAAGAUCAUAGGACUGCUCUCCCAGGGCCUGUGCUCAUGGCAGGGCAAUGGUUUUAUUUGGUUGUUUGACAAAAUGUUAAAUGAGAGAGAGGCAUACAGAACAAAAACAGGUGUGUGCUCUAAGAGCGCACCCCUGGAAUGAGGAAAUAGUACAUGGCACUAGUCAAAUGGUUUGUAAGUAAAGAAUAAAGAGUAGAGUCAUAAGGUAACGGCCAUCCUUCUGUUGCUAGAAAACUACAGCCACUGCGAAAGUAGUAGUCAAGUGUGUAGGUCUUGGAUAAUACACUUGGUUAACACUAAACCUAGCUUAAAUAGACUCUACUAUUGUAUGAAUUUGUAAAAGUAUUAUAUGAACAACUAAAAAGCGAGGUUUAAUACUCGUAGUUAAAUAGUCAUUGUAUUUUCUUGUGAGCUGUGUUGAAUGGUUUUACCUCAUAUCAGAAAACAAAAUGAAGUGCUUUGGUCAGUUAAUAAAAUGGUUUU